AAGGGAAAAUGACACUGUCUGUCUUCUACAUUUCUCUGCCUUUUCCAGCGUUUUUAAAAGAAACCCCUCAAAUUUGUACAAUAUUAUUAUUUCCUGCCCUCGUCGUCGGCGUUGUCCGCCUCCUCCGCCCUCUCCUCCUUCCAUGUGAAGAUUAGGGUUAGCGCCGUGAGAGACCUCGAUCUCUCUCUCUCUCUCUCUCUAAGGUCACAGAGGGCAAAACCGAUGAGACGCCGGAGAUCCCACGCUGCAACACUUGUAUCCUCGCUCCUGUUCCUCCUCUUGGUAGCGAUCUCCUGUUCCGCGGACCGAAGCGGUACGGAGGCGGGUCCUAGCGGGGUGGAGAGGUCCGCCUUGCUGCAGUUCAAGAGUUUCGUUACUUCCGACCCCGCUAGGUUGCUCGGGGCAUGGGGCUCCGAGGCCAACCACUGCUCUUGGCCUGGCGUCGCGUGCGAUGGACGGUCACGGGUCGUCUCCCUUAAUAUAUCUGCGAAAGACAGCUCCUCUAAGCUCCCCUGCUCCCGGUCCGGCCUCUACCGUCGCAGCUGCGGCGAUCUCGGCCGUAGGAUGGUUGGGACACUUAGCUUGGUCCUGCGGAAUCUGUCAGAGCUCAGGGUGCUGUCGUUUCCGUUUCAUGACUUUCAUGGCGAGAUUCCGGGUGUUCUCUGGGAAUUGAAGAGGCUGGAAGUGCUUGAUCUUGAGGGAAACUCGCUUUCCGGUGGUUUACCCUCACGGUUCCCCCGCCGGUUGCGCGUGCUAAAUUUGGCUUCCAAUUUGGUCAAAGGUCAGAUCCCUUCUUCCCUCUCGAGAUGCGCGGAUUUAGAAGUCCUAGACCUAUCCGGCAACCAAGUCAACGGAACAAUCCCGAAAUUUCUUGGUGAUUUCUCCAAGCUUAGAGAGCUCUAUCUUUCUUUUAAUCGGCUUAGUGGUCCGAUUCCUGUUGAGCUAGGAUAUGGGUGCCGGAGUCUGCAAAUUCUGGACUUGUCCGGAAACUUGUUUACGGAAGGCAUUCCCUCCAAUUUAGGAAAUUGUUCUGAGCUGCUAGUUCUAAUGCUGUUUUCCAACCUUCUUGAGGGUUUUAUACCUCCUGAACUUGGGCGACUGAAAAAGCUUCAGGUUUUGGACGUCUCGAGGAACAGUCUGAGUGGAAAUGUACCUGCUGAGUUAGGAAACUGCUUAGAAUUGUCUGUCAUUAUUCUUCUGAAUCAAUAUGAUCCGAUGCCAGAUGAGGAAGGCACGGGCUCUGUUGAUAUUGAUGAAUUCAAUUGUUUUCAAGGAAGACUCGCUGAAAAUAUCACAGCUCUACCAAAGCUUAGGGUGCUUUGGGCUCCAAGGGCAACAUUUGAAGGGACAAUUCCUAAGAAUUGGGGACUCUGUGAGAAUCUUGAGAUGGUUAAUUUAUGCCAGAAUCAAUUUCAAGGACAUAUACCACAGGCAUUUGCCCAAUGCAAAAGGCUUAGAUUUCUAAAUUUGAGUUCAAACAGUUUGACUGGUUGGCUUGAUGAUGAACUUCCCGUGCCAUGCAUGGAUGUCUUUGAUGUCAGUGUGAAUCAGUUGUCUUCCUCCAUCCCUAGGUUUACCAACACAGAAUGCCCUUCAUCUAAGGUCACACCAGAUGAAUUGUCCUCUUCUUAUAUUUCAUUAUUUGCUUACAACUGUCUUAAAGGUCUGAAAUGGCCUCUUGCUGAACCUGGUGGCGAAUUGAUUAUAUAUCACAAUUUUGCAAAGAAUAAUUUUACAGGCACUUUGUCUUCUUUACCAUUGGCCACCGGUAGGUUCCAGAACAAUACUGUCUAUGUAUUUCUUGCUAAUGGGAAUCAUCUUUUUGGAUCACUGAAUGCUAUUAUAUUGGAGAAGUGCAGCAGGGUGAGUCAUUUGGUGAUUGACUUGAGCAAUAAUAUGAUAUCUGGAAGAUUUACAUCAGAAGCAGGCAUGACAUGCCGGUCUCUUGUGGUGUUGGAUGUUGCUAGUAAUCAGAUAUCGGGAACCAUUCCUGCAAAUUUUGGGUUGUUAAGUAAUCUUGUUUGUCUGAAUUUGAGUUGGAAUCAACUACAGGGUGAGAUACCUGCAGGAAUCACACAGUUAAAAAGGUUAAAGUAUCUCUCGUUGGCCGGUAACAAUUUCAGUGGUCACAUUCCUCCUGACAUAAUUAAAUUGCAAGAUCUUCAGGUUUUGGAUCUGUCUUCAAAUUCCCUUGCUGGUUAUAUUCCUACUGUUUUUGUGAAGUUGAGAAAUCUCACUGCCCUGUUACUUAAUAACAACAAGCUUUCUGGGGCAAUUCCUUCAGCUUUUGCCAACUUUGCGUCACUUUCGAAAUUCAAUGUUUCUUUCAAUAAUUUGUCUGCAUCAUGGCCUCUUAAUGCCAGUACACUGAAAUGUGAUAGUGUCUUUGGAAACCCUUUGCUGCAAUCUUGUCCUGCAUAUUCUCUCUCUGCUCCUUCAUCUGAUAUGCAAAGAAGUAGCCAGAGUCCACAGUCAUAUAUGGACUCAGUGUCAGCAAGCUCAUCCAAUGAUACCAGAGGCAACAGUGGCUUUAGUUCUAUUGAAAUUGCCUCAAUUGCAUCAGCAGCAGCCAUAGUUUCAGUCCUCUUAGCUCUGAUUGUCCUGUAUAUUUACACAAGAAAGUGCGCUCCAAGGGCUAGGUCCUCUGUUAGGUCUUCUGGAAGAAAGGAAGUGACUGUCUUUGUUGAGAUUGGGGUUCCAUUGACUUACGAGAGUGUUGCACGAGCAACUGGUGGUUUUAAUGCAAGUAACUGCAUUGGAAGUGGAGGUUUUGGGGCCACAUACAAGGCUGAGAUUUCACCAGGGGUUCUAGUGGCUAUCAAGAGACUCGCAGUAGGAAGAUUUCAAGGUGUUCAACAAUUCCACGCAGAGAUAAAGACUCUUGGAAGAUUGCGACAUUCUAAUCUUGUGACGCUAAUAGGUUACCAUCUUAGUGACUCUGAGAUGUUUCUGAUUUACAAUUACCUUCCAGGUGGUAAUUUGGAGAGAUUUAUACAAGAAAGGUCGAGCAGACCUGUAAAUUGGAGAAUGCUUCACAAGAUUGCUUUAGACAUUGCCAAUGCUCUUAAUUAUUUACAUGACCAAUGCGUGCCCCGUAUCCUUCAUCGGGAUGUUAAACCAAGCAAUAUAUUGUUGGACAAUGAAUUUAAUGCUUAUCUUUCAGAUUUUGGAUUGGCAAGGCUUCUAGGAAAUUCUGAGACCCAUGCAACUACUGGUGUGGCUGGAACUUUUGGGUAUGUUGCUCCUGAAUAUGCCAUGACAUGUCGUGUUUCUGAUAAAGCAGACGUAUAUAGCUACGGUGUGGUGCUCUUGGAGCUAAUUUCAGAUAAGAAAGCACUGGAUCCUUCCUUCUCUCCAUAUGGGAAUGGUUUCAACAUUGUAACUUGGGCAUCCAUGUUAUUGCAAAAAGGCCGGGCCCGUGAGUUCUUCACCGAUGGGCUCUGGGAUGUGGCUCCCCAUGAUGAUUUGGUGGAAACCUUGCACUUGGGUAUCAAGUGUACUGUCGAUUCACUCUCUAUUAGGCCCUCAAUGAAGCAAGUUGUUCAACGAUUAAGGGAACUCCAACCUUCACAUUUUGGGCGUGGUUAAUUUAUUCAUCUUGAGUGGUACAAUACAUUAUUCUUCAUUACAGUAAAGUGAUACUUAUUUGCCUGCCAUUCCAAUGAACUGAGCUGUCCCAAGGAUGGAAUACCUGAGAGUUUUCGCCACCUGAGCUUCAUGAUAAGCUGACUGGUAUAAGCAGUAUCCUUUGGAAUUCUUACCGAGAAGGAUCCAUCUGAAAGGGGCAUAUCUUGCAAACAAAAUUUACAUAAGAGCCACAAUGAUAAGCACCAUGAUAUCUAAACAUGCUGCAAUAUUGGAUAUCAUUAUAUGCACCAUAUUUUUUAUGGCAACUGAAGCGCUCUAGUAUGUAGCAAUGAUUGUUUUUUUUUCAACUAUAAAAUUUCCGUUCUCUUAAUUCUAUAAACCAAUUUAGGUUUGAACUAUGAAUAUUUGCUGCAGCAUGCUACCAAGCUCAGAUCACUUUAGCUAUGGCUCAGAUCCAAUCUUUUAGUAUAGAUUUGGACAAGGGUACAGGUUUUAUCAAUUGAAUAGUUUUCUGUUAUUUUUGAUGUAACUUCAAGUCUGACAAUUUUCUAAUGGGGUUCCGUUGUAUGUGUGGGAUGACAGAAGGGUUUCCACAUAAUUGAAGUGUUGGAGAGCCCCUGGAUUUUUGAUGUGUGAAUAAGAAAUACCUACCUCAGUGAGUGAAAGGCAAUGCUAUUGCUGAUUAUCAGUUCAUAUGGAGAGACCCAUGGUUGCUCCAAUACACUCAUGAGAACCUGUGCUCUUAUCUGGGACAGGUAUCAGUCUCACGCUCCAUUAGCUGGAGCAAAUCUUCACUUGACAUCAAGUUGUCAUCACCUUCACUGAGGCUCUCAGCUUUGAGAUGAUCAAUGUCAGAGCACAAAACUUUUUGCAAUUGACGUCUGCUGGGGAACAUUCCUUUCAUCCAUUGAACCAAUACCUUGGGGCAAACAUGUAACGACGAUGCAUCUAACUCCAACUUACGUAGUAGAAGCUCAUUCACUACAUCAAACACCAGCUUGCGGUUGAGUUUCUCGGUAUCUGACUUGAACUGGUUGCUACUUUUAUUAACGGCCUCUGGUUCGACAAGGUAGCCAAUCAGGAUUUAUCAGAUGGCCUGAAGGAUGAAGCUGGUUGGCCAUUGUGUUAAUUUGUCUCAAUGUUAGAUCUCUCAUCAGAAGACCUGAUGCCUAGAGUAUUUCAGCCACAUACUGGUGAUCCAUAGCCACUGAUCACUUGCUGGAGGUUUAGCAACACCAGAGCUUAGAUUGCUCAGCUUCUGGAUUUGGUGUUUGAUGUUAGUGAGCUUCUUGGGAUGGUGGAACAAAGAGCUCGAUUUAAGCAAUGGGUCACAAGGAGUGGUGACACUAAGUGAGGCUUCAAUUUUAUCAUUUGGAAAUUUAAUAGAAAAUACUAUCAUUAUUUGCUUCAUGCUGGUGCCUAAUCUGAUAAAUAAUAAUUGUAUUGAGAUUCAGACUA